GUGCAAUUUCUUGAUAGAAAAGACACACAAUAGAGCUAAAAAGGGGAAAAUUUCAAGUGAAAUUCAUUUAAUCGCAGUUCCUGCAAAUCUUCGCCCCCAUCGAGCUCAUUGAUUUUUCGUUCCUUCUCGCAAGAUCGCAAUGACGAAACAGCAAGCGAAUUGGUCUCCGUACGACAACAAUGGAGGGACUUGUGUUGCAAUCGCUGGAUCCGAUUACUGUGUCAUCGCUUCCGACACUCGAAUGUCGACUGGCUACAGUAUUCUUACCCGCGACUACUCCAAAAUUAUUCAGCUAGCGGACAAAUCUGUGAUGGCCUCCUCGGGUUUUCAGGCAGAUGUGAGAGCUCUGCAGAAGGUCUUGUCAGCCAGGCACUUGCUCUAUCAACACCAGCAUAACAAGCAAAUGAGCUGUCCUGCAAUGGCACAGCUGCUCUCUAAUACCUUGUACUACAAACGUUUCUUCCCUUACUAUUCUUUCAACGUCUUGGGUGGCCUUGACCAUGAAGGAAAGGGCUGUGUUUACACUUAUGAUGCUGUCGGAUCUUAUGAGAGGGUGGGAUACAGCUCUCAAGGUUCUGGUUCGACUCUUAUUACACCCUUCUUGGACAACCAACUGAAGUCUCCAAGUCCUCUCUUAUUACCUGCAAAGGAUGCGGUUACGCCUCUUUCGGAGACGGAAGCCAUUGACUUGGUGAGAACUUGUUUUGUAUCAGCAACAGAAAGGGACAUAUACACGGGAGAUAAGCUGGAGAUUGUCGUUCUGAAUGCCAGUGGAAUUCGUCGCGAGUACAUGGAACUUAGGAAAGAUUAAAUUUGGUUUCCCGUUUCUUGUUCCCCUGCUUUUCGAACUGAGAGGGAGCGAACUAGAUUAAAAGCAAGAUGUUUCUCAAGUGUUUCCGAACACAUUUCUUGCCUUUUUUUUAGCUGGACGAACGCUUUCUUUCACAGAACUUGGUUCAAGUUGUUUUAUUACUGGAAAGUCUGUUUGUGUUUAAACCUUAAUCUGGGAUGUUAUGUAGUGACUGCUGAUCUGGCAACCUGAUUCAUUGGAAUAUGUAUCUUAAGAAACUUCUAUUGAUUCUUAUUUUACUUCUAGAAGCA